UAGGCCAUUGCGAAAAGAACGCGUGUGACUCGUUCACGGACAUGAAACAUCAACAGGUGGUGCCGGACUAUGCGGCGAUGGUGCAGACUUCCGGCACUUGCCUGUGCUUGGUGUUUUCCGGCUGGGUCCUGUUCAAGCUGGUUCAAGCUAUCUUCUGGCUGCCGGGAUAUUUGGAGAAAAACCAGGGUCGGCUGUAUCGCCAGCUGGAUCCUCAUUCGGCCAGUGAUACUUCGAAUGAAAAUGGAAGCUCCCAAGAAAAUGACCGACUAACGGCCACGGCGGAGGGAACUACGUCGAUCGGUGAAGAUGAAGGCGAAAGCGUAGCCGACGAAUGCGAAGCCGACAGUAAGAAGGACAAAUGA